AUGGCUCUUACAUCGGCAUUUUUAGUGCUAAUCAUGAUUGUGAUUUGGAAAACUCACAUCCUUCUUGUGAUUGCGUACGUUUUGAUCAUCGGCUCGGCUGAGUUGUUCCUACCACUCGCGUUCGCCCUCUUCUUGAUGACCAUUAUGGUCGUGUGGAACUACGUGUAUAGAAAGAAGUACCAUUUUGAGCUAGACCACAAGCUAUCACGCGAGGAGGCUAAAGGAUGUGAGAAUGAGGAAGAGCCCUUUGAGAGAUUGUUGUUUGAGAGGCUAAAGGAGUUCAUUAGGGAGGAUUAUUGGCACAAUGUGAGUGAGGGGGAGGUGCAUGGUGAGAUAGGUGAGGAUGGGGGUGAUUUGGUGGGAGAAAUCGGGGAUUUGGAUCGGGCGUGGCGGUCCGCGGUGGUGCAUAUGGUGGGGGAGCACGAGGUGGUGGCGGCGAAAGGGGUGAAUAUUGGGAAGAGGGUUUUGAUAGAUUAUGCCUACAAUUUAUUGAAGAAGAACUUGAGGCAGAGCAAAGGGUGUUUGAUAUUCCUCAGAAGAGGAUGCUUAAAGUUGGAAUGA